AUGGGUGAGGCUGAGGCUGAGUAUUGGCAGAGAGCUGUUGCUGUGGGGGAGUGUUGGCAGAGAGUUGUUGCUGUGCCGAGGUGUUGGCAGAGAGCUGGCGUUGUGUCUGGGUGUUGGCAGAGAGUUGUUGCUGUGGAAGAGAGUUGGCCGAGAGCUGGAGUUGUGGGGGAGUGCUGGCAGAGAGUUGUGGCUGUGGGGGAGUGUUGGUACUGCUGGCUAAUGAAAGCUGGCGUUGAAGAGGAGCGUUGGCAGAGAGCUGGCGUUGUGGCGGGGUGUUGGCAGAAAGUGGGCUUUGUAGAGGAGCGUUGGCUGUUGAGAGCUGUUGCUGUGGAACAGAGUUGGUAG